AUGCGCACGCCUAACUCGGCAAUUCGCCCUCCCUGCGGCAGUCAAUCACCUUCCAAUUUCGUUGACCUCUUUUGGCGCUUACAGCCUCAUGGACCGCCAUCUCAGCCUCAGCCUCAACUUGCCUUUGACGGCCAUCGCCCUCCUGGUCUUCGCCUUACAGCCGCUUGCCUCUUUUAUAUACACAAGAUGCAAGACGUGCGCGACGCCGGAGAGCCUUUCGCAGCCCUCGACGCAGACGUAAUCUUACGCUCUUCAGACAACGUCGAUUUUCGGUCUUAUCGUAUCGCUCUGAAGUUGGCAUCACCGAUCUUUGAGACCAUGUUCGCUCUUCCCACUCCGCAAAGAGGAUCCGGCGGCGACGAGCAAAAGGACGGCAUCGCGGUGGUGUGCAUGGCAGAAAACGAGAAGGCUCUGCGCAUGUUACUAUCGCUCUGCCACGCAAACGUAGAGAUGGCGCUUGACACGCUCGACGAUAUCGCGACAGCCGUGCAACUAGCGAGCAAGUUCGAGUUGCAAAACGCCAGAAUCGCCAUUCGCCUGCUAUUGCGCGAGUUCGCAUCCACAGAUCCCGAGCGCGUCUACGCUCUGGCUUGGGCGAUGCAGUCCCGAGAGCUUGUGCUCCGCGCGGCCGAGAAAUCGCUGUCGUCGCCCCUCAUCCUCCCGAAACGCGCCGAGACGAGCGUACCCGAGUUCCACGACAUCUCUGCGCACGCUCUGCGCCAGUUAAUCACCUUUCAAUCUCGAUGUAUAUUCGCCGCUUCGCGUAUAGGGGAGGAUCUCAGCUGGUUAAGGGCGGGACAGAUCCCGGCUCGCGGGAAGGAAAAGGGGGAAGAUAUUGGCCGGUGCUCGAGCUGCCACGACACAAAAGUGCAGCUGAAAGAACCUACGGGCAGAGAAACUCGGAUUAAGAACUGGUGGCUUGACUAUCUCAAACGCGUCGGAAAGCUCUUCGAAGAGGACAUCAACGCCGGCGGUGUCGUACGAAACGGGUUGCCCAUUCUAUUCGCUUGUGCGAGCGACGCCUCGUGUAGUGGCGGCUGUACGACUCAAGAGAUCACGUCCACGCUGGUCUUAACGGCGGAGUCAGUGGUGGAAGUACGCAUCAGGGAAAUUGUCGAGGAGGCUCUGCAGAAACUCGAAACGCCGUUCGGAUGA